AUGUCGCAGGUCAUGGACCACGAAUCUCCCGAGGAGUACGACGACCACAUCAGCGAUGGGGACUCUGGCAACGACGAGCACCGCCACCACGAGAUCAAGGCCGAGUCGGCAACUUCGCCCACCGACUCCACCGCCACAGGACACAAUGCGCCUGCUGUGAAGCCCGCGGUCCAUCUCCAGAAGCGGCGCCGGGUAACUCGGGCUUGUGACGAGUGUCGUAGAAAAAAGAUCAAGUGCGAUGGAAAGCAGCCCUGCACGCACUGCACUGUCUACAGCUAUGAAUGUACUUACGACCAACCUUCGAAUCGGCGCAGGAAUCCAGCGCCAGCCUACGUCGAAAACCUCGAAAUGCGCGUGCAUAGGGCAGAGACUCUAUUGCACAUCUUGAUCCCAAACCUUGACUUGCACGACCCUGGCAUCGACGCAGCUGUCGCCCAAGGAUGGAUCCCUGGAGCUCCAGGCAAAGGUCACCCUGCAGCAGCCCAGGACCAGCGAUCAGCGAGACCACCUCAGGCACCUCAUGCCGACAGAAAGUCCGACGCCAACUUGGAAUCCAUGGUCAGAGCAGUUGCACAACUCGAUAUGGAUGAGUCUGGGCAUUGGGACUAUCACGGCCAUUCGUCCGGGCUCAGUUUCGUCAGAAGGAUGCGCGAGCAGCUUGGCGAUCUCAUGGGCCCAGAUACUCAAGCUACGCCAUUCGUGAAAACGCGGCCAAUGUCACAAGUGCUUGACUCGCCGAGGUCGUCGGGAGAGUCUCCCAUGGGCGAAUUCUCACCUGUAAGUACAGAUUUGCCGCCCAUUGAGACUGCGAGGCACUUCUGCACCUAUGCCAUCAACGAUGCCGCUGCUCUGCUACGCAUGGUACACCAGCCCACUUUCUGGGCGAGUUUCGAACGCUUGUACAGCACAUCACCGGAUCACUACACGAACGAAGACAGUACUUUUCUGCCAUUGUUCUACAGCGCCAUAGCGCUGGGAUGUUUGUUCGGCAAAGAUGAUAGCCAUGGCGAGGGUUACGAGAGUGCCAUACAGCAGGGAUUCGCUUACUUUAAGACUGCUCGACAAAUGAUGGACAUCGCCGACUGCCGGGAUCUGUCUUCUAUACAGGCCGUUGUGUUUAUGAUACUCUUCUUGCAAUCGUCUGCCAAGAUGUCGCAGUGCUAUGCCUAUGUCGGUGUUGCCUUGCGAUCUGCUCUGCGCAUGGGACUACAUCGAGCUGCCGAGGGGAAGUUCGACCCCAUCGAAGCCGAGACUAGGAAGAGAGUGUUCUGGAUCGUCAGAAAGAUGGAUGUGUAUGUCGGUGCAAUGCUGGGACUCCCACAGACCUUGAGUGACGAAGACAUCGAUCAAGACUUCCCCAUGGAAGUGGACGACGAGUACAUCACCAAGGAUGGCAUCCUCCCGCAACCGGAAGGAGUGGUGCCGCUCAUGACCGCUUUCAAUGCUCACACGCGGCUGGUCCAGUUGCUGCAGAAGAUUGUGCGGAAGAUCUACCCCAUCAAGGUGCAGAGUCCAGAAAGUCCCGGAGACAAGUCAUACUCGAUCCCAUUCUCCACCAUCCGCGAGAUCGAAGGUGAGAUGGAAGAAUGGAAGAACAGCUUACCGCCCAUCUUCAGUCCUUGCGAUGCACCCGGGCGAUAUGCAAGGAUCCAACAGCUCCUGCGGCUUACAUAUGCCCACACGCAAGUACUACUCUAUCGACCCUUUCUUCAUUUCGUAGCAAUGGAGAAACGCUCGACACCGGUGGACCAGAGAGCAUACGCGUGCGCGGCCAGCUUUGUUAACGUCUCACGCAACGUCAUACAUAUUGCUUCGCAGAUGAAGCAGAAAGGACUGCUCAAUGGUGCCUUUUGGUUCAUCAUGUACACAACCUUCUUCUCCAUCUUGGCCUUGGUUUAUUUUGCGGCCGAAAAUCCCGACAACCCGACGACAGAGGCUGUGAUGAAAGAUGCCAUCGAAGGCAAGGAAGUUCUCGCGUCCAUCGCAUCGAAGAGCAUGGCGGCCGAUCGCUGCACCGCCACGCUGAACAUCGUCUUCCAGAGGCUUCCAGCCUGGAUGCGCGAAGGACAGCAAAACCCUAGUAUCAACAAGAAGCGGCCAUUUGAACAUGGCUCACAGUCGCAUUCCCUGUCGACUAUGCAGGACUCACGUAGCCAUCCUCACGUUGCGAGCACCAGCCAAGAAUCUCUCACUGGAAGCAACAAGCGGGCAAGCACCUAUCCGAAGUUGCCCGCAACUGGAACACCAGGUACAGGGUCGCCAUAUGAUAGCUCGUGGCUCUCGAAUUCACCAUACGCGUCGUCGUCCACAACCAGCACGGGCUUCGACUCUGGUGGGCAAACCAUCGGCCAGCGCAGCGUAUCGCACCCAAUGACCAGCGGUAUGCAGCAAUACUCGUUGCCGCCCAACUUUGCCAAUCCACAGUUGACCGAUCUAUCCACCAUGAUGUUUCCAGCAGCAGAUGAGCCUUUCGUAUACCCCAAUCAGCCGCUCACCACUUUCGAGAACAAUCAGUAUGCCAAGAGCAAUCCAUACUUCAAUCAGCAGCCUUACAGCAGCAUCGAGAGCUCGAGUCCAGUCGCGGCACAAUCUCGAGGCCGUGACGAGAAUAUCGAAGCACAAUUCUACGCACUUCCUCCGUAUAUCGAGCAAGGUCGGUCGCAGCAACCACAGACAUUGCAACCGCAGCAGCAGCAAGCUCAUCGAGGCAUGAGCUUCCCACAAGCAGCUUAUGCGAACGGGCAAACCACAGGCGCUCCGCAAGCAAUGCCAGUGCCCAACGGAGCUUGGCCAGGACAGCAGGCUUUCCAGCAGGAUCUGUCCAACAUCAACAUACAAGACCUCUUCGGCGGAUCAGAAUGGAAUCCGAUGUUCCAGCAUCCUGGCUAUCAGAGCCAGAGGUAG